AUGUUACUAUCAGUUGAACUAUGUGAAACACAUGCAAAAAUGUUAUUUGAUUUAUUAAAAACUUCUACAUUUGAAAGUGUUAAAGUUGCUAUUAUGGUUUUAAUGAAUGAUUUUUAUCUAAAAUAUUCAUUAGCAUUUCCUGUUUAUUUCAAUGAUCCUUAUGGUUGUUUACGUGAUCGUUCAGAUAAUACAAAACAACAUUUUCAAAAAUUAGCUGAUGCUGAAAAAGCUGAAUAUGAAGAAAAAUCCAAUGCUUAUAAAAACAAAAAAACUGGCAAAUCAACUAAAAUAGAUCGAUCAAUUAAUGAAGAAAAUAAUCAAUCAAUGGAAACAAAUUCAUCAUAA